AUGGAUAUUCCACCUUCCGAAUCUUCAGACGAGCAGGCCGACAGCGUCUGGGUGCAUUCAUCUGAUGACAUGGGCCCCGUCAGCUGGCCAGCAGAUCUCCUAUGGCCGCCGUCAAACAACUAUUCAAACCUCCGGAAUUCUACCGAACGUCCUUCAGUGCCUUUUGCUGCUUCUAACAUGAGAACUUGGAUCAGUCCAUCAUCGAUCACAGUACCAGUGUUACACUGUUAUUAUCCCCCUUUACUCGCUCCAGUUCCCUCGGAAGAAGUUCUUGAACAAACUUGGGCCAGGGUCAUACAGUCGCACGAACGGCAUACCGUUUCUGACUUGACAGAGGACAUGACUACCCCUGGAUUCAAUUUUCGCCUAUAUAAUACUACAGGCCCUAAUGAGCUACCCGCGGAACCACCUAUGAAGGUCCCUGGCUUCUCUGAAUACAUCACCCAAAGUCACGGAAACGACCAAAAUCAAUUUUUUAAUUCAGAGCUACAGGAACCAGCGAGGGUAACAUAUGUGAUACCAGGCGCAGACGAGAUGACUUCGCACAAUAUGCGUAUGGAAACGCACCAAAAUUCAUUGUCCUCAGAACCAUACGGACAUUUUGAAGAGAACGGUCUCCAGUCAAUUUCUACUCGAGCAACCCGUACUAUGGAGUCAACCUCACCGGUAUUACCCAAUCCUCCUCGCCGGCCGCUACGUUCGAAUUCGGCAAAUAUGACCCAGCUUCUCCACGAGGAGCCAGGUGGUAGAUCUAUGGCGCCGCUAAUAACAUCCUAUUAUCCUACGUCACUUGUGGACUCACCCAGCUCUUCAAUUUGUGCGGUAAAUUCCGCCUAUAGCCACCAAAUUGAACCGGACAGUCGUGACGUGGAUGAAUACAGACAAGGUCAAACCAGCCCUGAAAGUCCCUCGAGAAUGUCUCAUGAUACCACUGGAUCAUCGUCAUUUCCCUCCCCUGGGAUAUCUCCAAGUCACCUGCAACGUGCAUCAUCCACAGGCGGCUUGCGUUUCAACGCGGUUCAAUCAUUCCGAGGGUAUGAUCAACAAUACUGGGGGCCUCCAAGACCUCAUAUUAUUACCCGUUGGUCUCAUACUGAGCCCCCAUCACCCGCCGAAGAUAAUGCAACGACGAUGAACCAUGAGAAAAAUAGAAGGUCAUCUCUUAAAACCUGUGAGCUCGAAGAGGCAGGGCUUGAUUUCCCCGGCUGCUAUGUACUGGUUCCUACCACGGAAGAUUCUACAGCUUCCUCUGAGACUGCGAUUGUAGAAGGGCCCGAGCCAGGGUUAAUAUCUACGAAAAAGAAUUUUAGAAGGCCAAUGGUGGAAUCUGAGAGACAGGCCAUCAAGUUAAACAGAAAGUUCGGGGUUUGUCUUCGUUGCAAGAUGUUCAAGGAAAGGUGUAGGGGAGGUUUUCCUUGUGAACGCUGUCGGUCCUUGAGAUUUUGGAAGAACAUAUGUGUUACAGCGCAGUUUACGGACAAGUCAAUUUUCACCAGAGGGCUUUACAAAUCGCGGGUAUCGUUUAUGUUGGAGAAUGUUCGAGAAUGGCUUCCUGCUGAUUACCGCCAUCAGGAAGUUAUAGAGGUAGGUAUUGGAUACUCACACAGGCUUUCCAUAACUCUGCAAAAGUUUGAUCCUAUAGAUGCAUCGCUCCUGGAGCAUAUUCUAUGGAGAGAAAUCAGGAAAACCGACUUUGCUCGGAUACCUUCCUCAGCGUAUGGGAUAAUUGCAAUUGAAGAUAUCUCAUCGCGGCUUGAGGUAUAUUUUGACAGUCACAUCGGUGACCUUGUUAUGGAAGCCCAGCGGAAUGUAGGGACAACUUCCCACUCUGAAAUAUAUGCGCAGACUCUAUUAGCCGCACAUCAAUACGCGAUCGAUAACCCGGAAAAAGGCUUACUUGUACGAAAAGCCUUGCGCAUCUGGGCUGCACAAAUCGUUUUCUUCAAAGGUGUCUGGAGGAUUGAAGGCACAAAUACUGCUGGCAUGCCGACGAUCACUGACCGAAAGUCAACGCUCUUCGGGAUGACCCCCCUACCCCGCUUAGCUAAUCAACAGCUUGACGCUAAAGUAGAAAGCUGGAUUGCGGAUCUUGAGCGAGAUGUACUUUCAGAGCUACAACACAAAAUAUUCCGUCGUAACUCCGCCGAUUGGUUUGGAAUAUAUCUCACCUUAUUCGUAACAUUGUGUAGCCUGGAAAGAGAUACUUGGGGUCUUCAAACGUGGGCUUUCGAUGCCGAUAACUUACUUCAACGUGUAAACAACCUUGGUUUAAGUAGACCAGAUGAAGUACGGAGAGCCUGGACAUGGCCACUCCAGGAGACGCCGAGGGUGUUGAUCGAGAAAAACCUGCAUCUCGCGGAAACGCUUACCGCUCAUUUUCGAUCCGUUACUAAAGGAUGGGUCCCUUUCACCCUUGACUGGCACAGUGACCCUGUCAUCGCAUUGUCGGGAGGAGAACAUGUAGCCGUGGAUUAUAUGAGAUCUGUCUGCCAAUGGAUUAAAGACGGAGAACCCAUCUUACGCGCCAGGGCUUCUGCAGAAUAUAGCAAGGAUUUUUUUGAUAGUUUAAAUCUCAUGUAUUGUUCCAAGCUCAUGAUUUCUGACCGCGAGGAUUCUUGA